ACUGGAAAUGGGAAACCGAUUACAAAACUUCAACAAGAAUGUUGGUCUACGUACUGUAAUUGAUUUUAUUUCAAAAAGUAUCUUUUAUCUCAGUCCCUUUACUCUCUUUCUUCGCGUGAUCGUUCCACUGGUAAUCAGCAUUCCUCUUUCGGCCAAACACAGUUGCGUUCUCCCCUCUGUCCUCACUCUCCAUUCCAGGCAAUGGUAUCGAUUCCCUUACCCAUUCAAGAAGCCACGACAGGAACUCCAGAAUCGUGCAGCUGUCUUCGCUCAGAUCAAUCUUGGAAUUUUUUAGAUCUAUGGCAGCGAGAGAAGCGAUGAAGAUCAACGGUGAUCAGGAGGGGUAGAGGAUUAGGGUUUGCUUUUUCUUUGUAUAAAUAGGGAUUGUAAUCUGAGUUUUAGGGGAGGAGUUUUGAGAGAGAGCCGAUAGUAUAAAUGGGGGAUCAUAAUCUGAGUUUUAGGCAUCAUAAUCUCUUUUGUUCCCGUGCCCUUUUCCCUUUCUCCAAAUUUCUUCCAAACAGCACUUAACUUUCACCAAAUUUGAGGGAUGAAGGAGACAUUCUGAAUCCCUUCUCCUCUCCUCAUCCCAGCCAUUCUUCUCCUUCAUCUUCAUUACUAAAUCCUAAUUUUAAUCUUUCUCUGGCUCCUUUUUCAACUUCGCGAACUACACUUGCAUAGGUGAGUUACCAUCUUUUCUUAUGUUUCUACUUUUCUUUUGAUUUGAUAUGAAAUCUUGCAAUUUAGUUGUAGAAUGGGUUGUGUUGCAUUGUGUUGAUCGAGUUUUUCUUUUGAAUCCAACAAGAUAAGAUUUUUAUUUAUUUAUUUUUUAAUAUUUCGAAGAAAUCGGCGAAUUUGACCCGUAGAUGCCCACUAGUUCUCUGUAAAUUCUGAUUCGCACAGGGUUAUUGAUCAGUAGUAGAUUUAAAGUAAAGGUUUUUUCGUUUUCUGAGUGCUGCUUCAAUUCCUUGACCAGUAACCCUAAACCAGUAAUCUUUUUCCUGUUUUUGGCCCAACUAAACCAGUAAUACUAUUCUCGCGAAAAUCAAUUCCUUGAAUGAAGGAAAUGCUAAUACUUGAAGCUGAUGGUUGUUUAAUUUUCGAGCCAUCAUGCUGAAGAAAACAAUCUAGAAUACAGGAUACACUUUCUAUUUAAUAACAAAUUAAAAGCCUGUUUAUAUAAAGGUCACUGUGACUUCAUAAAAAAAAUUAGUUUACAAUUUAAUUUACGGCUCUGUUCGGUGAUUUCUCCAGUUGGUCACGAGUCUAAGGUUAAAUUUUUCUUGUAUUUCCUUGUGAUUUCAUAAAAGUGAGACAUUGCC